AUGGUCAAGGGUGAUAUCACUGUUGUUGGUCAACCAACUAGUUUACAAAUCAACCCCAACAACACUACUAUCUAUUUUUUAUUGAAUUAUAGUCCAUACCUUAAUCACACAAUAACAAUUGAUAACAGUACUGCCUGUACCAAUCUAACAAAUACCUCUUCCAACCAAUACCAAUGUACAACACCUCUUCUAUCAAAUGGAAAACAUCAAUUAAUAGUUUCAAACUCUUACACUCAAUCACCGCAAGUACCAUUUACAUUUAAUUCACUUACCUAUCUCUGUCAACAAUCAACCAAUAAUUGUUACGGAAAUGGUCAAUGUGGGGUUGAUGGAAAAUGUAUAUGUACCAGUAAUUCAUUUUAUAAUAAUUGUUCAAAUCCAUACCCAAUUAUAAGUUCAGGAAAUUAUAAUUUGACAAACAACAAGAAUGUUCAAUUGAAUGGUGAUUUCGGACCAUUUCUCAUUUCAAAUGUAUCAAUCUUGAUUAAUAGUACAAUCGAGUGUGUUGUUGAAUCAGUAUCACAAUUCCAAAUCAAUUGCACACUUGAUCAACAACCAUCAUUUGGAUUGGCUUCAGUUCAACUGCAAUUGAAUAAUAGUUUAAAUACAACUGCAAGAAAUGUAUUAAAUCUUCAAUCACCACCAUCUCAAGGAAUAUCAAAAUCAGAAUGUGAGUCGAUUACAUUUAAUUGUUAUGGUCAUGGAUAUUGUGAUGAUAGUGGUAAAUGUCAAUGUCAACAUGGAUACAGUGAUAUUGAUAGUUGUUUGACUAAAUACAUCAACACAACGAUCACACCAAAUACAACCGAUCCAACAGUAUCAUUUGAUGUUGAUGGACUUGAUUUUGAUUUUCUAUUUGAAAUCGACUCUGUCCAAGAAUUGGAUCUGGAUGAUAAUAUUGUCAAAGAAUUAUUUAUUUCCAAUUACACUUGGAAUGUAAAAGCAUCUACCAUUGAUAAUAACCAAACCAAUAUUAUUAACUAUCAAUUGGAUACUUUAUCCUCUUCAUCAUCACACCAACCAGCUCAAGUAUUAUCAACUAUAUCAUUCUCUACACUUGCAAGAACCGUUGAAUUUGGAGGACAACAACUAUUGAUCAAUGCCAACUCUAUCAAACUAGAGGUCAAUAUCAGCAAGUGGCAAUAUUCAUCGAAUCUGGCAACACUUCGAGUUGUAUUCAAAACAUUGAUCAACAACAAUCAAUUUAUCCAAUAUGAUUGUAUCAACAAGGAUAUCUCAUCAUUCAGUUAUGAUUCAUUGUCAUCGUUGCAGUAUCUCAGAGUAGUCAAAGAUGGUAUCCAAUUCAAUGGUCGAUUCAUUGAUGUUGCAUUGUCUGAUGGACGACCAACCUAUUCACCAACUCAACUCUUAUCAUCAACACCAAUCAACGAUGAACAAUCGAUUGUAAUGAUUGGAAUUGUAUUUCCACAAUGUCAAGAAUGUAUACUCGACCCUGAUUUCAGUGCAUUGAUUGUCGAUACCAACAACAGUGGUAGUCAAUGUGGCAACAAUGAUAAUUCCAACGAUAAAUGGAAGAUGAUUACUGGCAUCGUUGUUGGAGUAGUUGGAGCUACCAUUCUAUCAAUCAUCAUCUUUUAUAGUGUCAAGAGAUUCAAGAGAUAUUUAGUUCUCAAUCGUAAAUCAAUUGCCAUGUCUAAACUUAAUAAAUAA